GUCUCCGCAAGCAGGACCGCGUCGGCCAGGACUCCACCGCGAAGCCCUUCUCGGCGUCCGCGGCGGUGCGCCACGCCGCCACAGGUAACCAAGGGGAGGAGGCCGCGGCCACCUUGACCGUCACCAUGGUGACCAACGAGAUCUCCCUGGAGCUCUGCAACGUCUUCCACACCGGCCAGGUGGAGCCGGGGACGUGCGUGCAGCGGCUCCUGGGCAGCGUCAAGACCGGCGUCAUCCUCAAGGAUGUGUCCCUCGAGGUGCACGGCGGGGAGGUGCUCGCCAUCCUCGGGUCCAAGGGCAGCGGCAAGCGCGCGCUCCUGGACGUGAUCGCGCGGCGUGAGCAGGGCCCCACGCGCGGCCAGAUCCUGCUCAACGGCAUGCCCAUGUCGCUGCGGCUGUUCCAGCAGAGCUGCGCCUACGUGAGCCACAAGUGCGACGUGCUGCCCGGGCUGACGGCGGAGCAGGCGCUGCACUACACGGCCAGCCUCACCAUCGGCUCCAGGGUGUCGCGCUACAUGAAGCACUCCCGCGUGAAGCAGGUGCUCGCCGACCUGGCGCUGACGCAGGUGGCGAACCGCACGCGCAGCCAGCUCACGCCCAGCGAGUACCGGCGCCUCACCAUCGGCCUGCAGCUCAUCCGCGACCCCGUGGUGCUGCUGCUGGACGAGCCCACCUGGGACCUGGACCCGCUCAACACUUACCUGGUCGUGUCCAUCCUGUCCAACCACGCGCGCAAGUACGGCCGCUGCGUGGUGCUCACCAUGGAGAAGCCCCGGUCCGACGUGUUCCCCUUCCUGGACCGCGUGGCCUACCUCUGCCUCGGCGACAUGGUGUACACCGGGCCCACCCGCUUCAUGCUGGACUACUUCCGCGGCAUCGGCUUCCCCUGCCCGGAGCUGGAGAACCCCCUCAUGUACUACCUGUGCCUAUCCACCGUCGACCGGCGCUCGCGGGACCGCUUCAUCGAGUCCAACCACCAGAUCGCGGCGCUGGUGGACAAGUUCAAGCUGGAGGGCACCCCGUUCAGGAAGUCGGCCUCCAGCGGGGCGGUGCUGGGGCUCGGCGACGGCCUCGGUGGCGUCGGCCUGGGCGGCACCCUCACCCUGUCCCCGGUGUCCGGGGUGUCCGGGUCCACGGUGGGCGCCACCAAGGUGCCCCUGUCGGCGUUCGGCCGCCCCUCCACGCCACGCGUCGCUCUGGCCCUCUACAUGAGGUGCCUAGCAAGCACGUUCAACCUGCAGGCCGGCUCGGUGACAAGGCUGGCCUCUCGUCUCCUCCUCCUCCCCCUGUAUUUUUGUGUACUCUGGCUAUUUUAUCAUGACAAGAAGGCUUUCCAGCAUACUUUCGUAACAAGCAGCGGUCUAAUUUUCAAUAUGCUUGCUGGGACUUAUUUCAUCUCAGUCAUUAACACUAUUUUCACAUUUCCAGCUCAUCGAAACAGAUACUACCAAGAGGCUCAAGAGGGCCUGUACUCGGGUCCCCUAUUUCUCCUGAGUUAUUUCUUGUUCUCGCUGCCAUUUUCUGUUCUAUCAGUGAUUGCUGGUUCCAGAGUGGCAUUUGAGAUGUCUGGUCUAACGGAUCCCUGGGACUGGGUGAAACUGGGAUGCAUAAUGUGGGGAUGCUACACUCUUGGUGAACAGCAAACUGUAGCCCUCCUCGUUGUGGUGAAGCACUCUUUUACUGCUGCUGUGGCCAGUAUAACACUUUGUGCCCUAGGCCUUGUGUUGUCCAGUGGUGUGUUGAGAUCAAUUCGUGGAUUGUCGGAGUGGCUGCUCUACAUAACAUAUGCUAGUCAAACCAGAUAUGCAGCCGCGUAUCUCCAUCGGCAAAUGUUUAGCCACUCUCAUUUCAGUGGUCUGGCAAGAGACGCUACAUCAAACUGUUCACUUGCUCCAGGCACAAUUCAAACCCAAGAGUCACUCUCUGCAGCAUCUGCUAGUUUUGGCUGCCGCUAUGCGGAUGGGUGGGCUUUCUUGGCUGAGAGGUUUGGUCGAGAAAAUGCAGAAGAUUCAGCCACACUCACAGCCUUUCUGGAGUUGGAUUUCAAUAUGGGUGUGACAUUUGCCUUUGCACUGGGUCUUACAGUGAUUAAUUGCCUUCUUUAUCUGGUGCCGCUACCAGCGUUUGUUAAGGCCAAAUUUCGUGAGUAAAGCCAAUCAGUACUCCUCUUAUUUAAUUUACAGUAUUAUAAAUUAUUGCUAUUAUGUGUACCUACAUAUUUAAAAUAAAUUUAUUGCUAGUGUUAAGA